GCAGAAAGGAGCGCAGGACCAGCGGAGCAAGGCCCAUUCGACCUCCGGCUUGGUGGGCAAGUCGAAGCUCGUGCUGGACGAGACGCAUAAGUGGAAAAAGCCCGAGGGUCCGGACGGCGCCGACCGCCCGCUGACGGAGAACAUCUGGGACGCCGGGGGCGGCGAGGAAAAGAAAAAGCCCGCCGUGUCUCUGUUGGGCGACGACGGGACGAAGAAGUCCCUGAAAAACCUGUGGAGUUCGAGCAAGAAGCCGGGCUACCUGAUGGCCAUGACGCGCCAGGCCACGCAGUUCACUGAGGAGGUGAAUAAACAGGCCAAGCGGAUGCUCGAUGUGGAUGUGGCGGCGCGGAACAAAGCCUGGCGGGUUGCGUCCCCGCGGUCCGACAACCCCUGCGACGAGUUCGUGACGCAGCCCGUGCGGUCCAGCUUCUGGUCGCAGUACCGCGUGCCCAACCAGGACGCGGACUGGCGCACGCUGGAACAGGCGAGAGCCCAGACGCCCGCCCCGUUUCCCAAAAAUUCCCGGCAUUGGGAAAGUUUUCCGAACUUCCAGGGGUCGCACUUCGCCUUGACGGACCCGCGAUUGCAGAAGAUGGACUUGAUCCUGCAGUACAACAAAGCGGUGCGGAAAAAAUCAGGGCCGGGGUACGAACCCGCGCCGCCCACACACUCGACCCUGGGUGAUGUGCGGUUACCGCCCCAGCAGAUCUCACCCAGGAAGCGCGCGGCCAUGAACGCCGCCGCCGCAGCAGCAGGGGGGAAGCAAGGCCAAGAUAACACAAACUCGAACUUGGAAACCAUGGAAGCCGUGGUGCAUUGUCACCACACCAAGCCCGGAUUGAAAGACUCACUAGACCCGGUUGACCGAGUGGUGGUCGCCGGAACCCUGGAUUUCCCGGUGAACACGCGACAGGGGAUGAAGGAGCAGCUCGCAGGCAAAAGUCUGACCGAGGGCGCUGCGAGUAAAGCCGCAGCCCAGCUGCUGAAAGCAGAACUGGAAAAGAAAAAGAGAGCGGAAGACGGCCUACUUGCAGAUCCUGAAGAUGCAAAUCUUCCAGAAGCGGAAGGCGAAAAUGAUGCGGAUGUUGAAAACGACGAUCCGAUCUUUCCAACGAAAGCUGCCGACAAUCCGCUGCCGUACCGACCUGACACCAGCUGCAGCACGGCGACGGGCGCCGGGGACGGAACAUCCGACCCGACCAGCUCGGAGGCGGGCAGCGAGUUCUUCCCCCACUUUAAGAAGUUGAAGACCUCGCGGGGCGUGCACGCGAUGCUGAAGCAGGGCAAGGCGAGAACCCGACCGAACGAGAAAGUGAAGUCCUGGGUUCUGGAGCAGGACUGUGGCGCGCUGAUGGCACCACCGGGCGAGAGCGCGGCCAACACGUAUUUGAACAAGCAAAAGCGGUUUUCGGACUACAAGGUGAAGAGACAAAUCGAGCGCGACAACGAAAUCAUGCUAGCCGCGGGGGAUGAAGACGAGGAGGUCAGUAUGACGGCUCCGAUCGACCAUCAGGGAGCGCCCCGAAGUUCGGUUGCCGACCUUGGCGGCCAACAGUCUUCAACGUCGUUUACAGGUACGUCAACUUUAUUGUCUUCCUCCACUUCGCAGGCAGGCUCUCCAACAACCGCAGGUCCAUCAAAAGUUCUUACGGCAGACACGGUGUCUUCUUUGCCACCGGGAUCUCCGAAAAGCUCUCGCGGUGGGCGGUUGAGCCGCAGUGCCAGUCCCGUUCCGGAAAUGAUCGUACCUGCAAACGAUCCUGUAGCACAAUUUGCGGCGGUAUCGCCGGCGGAGAAGCGGAAGCGCAUGAUACGUGCCCACAGCUCCCAGGAAAUACAAGUGAAUCCCGCGGCGCCACCAAAUGCAACGGGGUUCGACGCAACAGCUUUCGGUGCAGAUCAGACAGGUCUUUCCUCAGGGCAGCCUGCAGCUGCUAGUACUACUACCCACACCGGAGGUCGUACGGCUCCACCGGCAAUUGCAAUCCCGGGCAGCACGAGGGGAUUUCAAGAGGGGGCGUUGACUGCAAGCGUAGCCGCCACGCCAAAAAGUCCAGGCGAGCGCGAACCGAAAAGCGCAACAUCGAAAAGCGGAAAUAAAGUAGAAAAGGACUGUUCGCCCUCCGGUCGCUCCGCGUCGAAACACCACAAACACCACAGGCAUCAGCAUCACCACAGAUCAUCAAGAGAGAAGUCCUACUUGCCAACAAAGUCACGGAACCCCCCAAAGGCGCUGUUGCACGCGCUAGCGGGCGACGUGCUGGAGAGCGUCCACGGACGGCGCGUAGCGCUACUACCCUGCAACCCGGAAACUUGGCGUCCGCCAGACCCGGGCGAGGAACUCGUCAAGAAGGUCGGGACAGAGAUCAUCAGACGGCUUCCCGGGGGGUUUGUGCACCCGAACAACCGGAACAUGCAGCGGUUCCUGCACUCCCGCGGGCACCGCAGCGAGGCCGACAUUGACAAGAUGAUGACCAAGAUGCACAAAGACAUGGAAGACACGAACACCAUGCUCGGUCGGCAGCUGCAGUCCAACCAAGUCGGCGGGGCGGCGUCCGGAAUGCGCGCACCGUGGAAGACGAGCGGCAAGAAAGCGUCCUUUGCCCUACAAAAACGCAGAUCCGCCGUGGACCUACUGAUGGGCGCCUCCAACACAAGUUACGACGACGCCUUCCGCCGCUACCCCGUCACGCCAGAGGACGUCGCGUCGGCCAGCAGCAAGUACCAAACCGACGUGAAAAUUUCCGGCAUUCGGGACUACCGGAUCGACCGCAAAACCAGAAUCUCGCACUACCUCUCCGCGGACACCGAGACGCAGCAACAGAUCAGUCUGGCUGAAACGAAGCACGUGCUGCACUCGAGCGCGAACUUGCUGCCGUUAAUGACACGUGUGGUCGAACAGCAGGAGGCGGCACCGGCGGAGGGCAACUUGGAGGCCAUGACGAAGAAGGAAAUCGUCCGCACCCGGCCAACGACAACCGCCGCGAGCACGCGAACUCCCGGGUCAGCGCAGAGCUCUUCGCAGCCGCGCCCGCUCACGACCGGAACGACCGGGCCGGCGGUGACGACCCCCGGAACGUCUAAUGGUUUGUUCCCGACGAUUACUAGACAAGCCGAGACGCCGCAGACCGCGGCAAGCGGCGGCUCGGCGAUGGCGUUGCGUCCGGGGACCUCGGCAGCGCACUUUGGCGCGGCCCCGCCGGCGAGUGCGACGAGCAAGGUGAGGCCGUCGACCAUGGGAGCGCGGGUUUCCUCACAGAUGAUGAGCGGCAGCGGCGACGGACUCGGAGGUCAUCAACAUCUUCAAGGCGGACAACUCGCGGACCAGCACCCCAUCGGGCCAAGCGACGACUACGACACGAAACGCGGUAAGUUGCAGUCGCGCGGCUUCGAGAGUCUGUUCGCCAAGGAUGACGUACUGUCUGGCACGACCGAUCUGACGCAGAUCAAGGAGCUUGGUGGCAUCGAUGUGCAGGCGAUCGGGAGGAAGGGCGGCAUGGUGCUGCACGUUGCCGCGGACCCGAUCGCGAACAAAACGGCGAGCAUCAACGAGGUGAUGGUACACUUGAAGGAGCGCGGAAGUGCGAAAGCACUGCUGGUACCCGCAGAGCGGGCGAUUCCGCAGCGGAACUGGGCCAACGACGCAACGCGGAACAAGGAGAGAAUGCACAUGAAUUUGCAAUUACACCACGACGUCGCGAAAGUGGACCCGGCGCGGAGCAAGAUUCCAGUGCUGGACGCAGUUACCCGGCGGAAGGAAACGGAAAAGAUGGACCGUGCGCGCGGCGCGUACGCGCAGUUUUGCGAAAUUUCACAGCUGCUACCGCGGUUGAAGUGUUGCUUCAAGGACAUGCUGGGAAAUGUCGUCGACUGCCACGACGAGGGUUUGAACGACGAAGACCUGCUCGGGUUGUCGGUACUUUUGACGAAGAGCAGCGUGCAGCUCCUCGACCUGAGUGGGAAUGUGCUGCUCACGGACAAGUCCGUCAUCUAUUUGCUCCAGAAACUGGGCGAAGACGGGUGUCUGGCGCAGCGGACGCUCCGCAUUUUGCGCAUGCAGCGGUGCCGCGGGAUCUCUGACUUCGGGCUGAACGUGCUGACAAACACGCUCAGCUUCCUGGAUUACUUGCAGGAGAUCGAUUUGUCCUCCACACUUUUCGCACCGGACACGCUGAUGCGGCUGUGCGACAUGCUGGGCGGCAAGGACUUGAAGCAGAUCGCCUUAUCCGACAUGAACAUGCCGGUCGCGAUGGCCGAACAGAUGCUGCUUGCGGUGCUGGGGAAGAACCAAGAUCUGCAGAACCUCGACAUUUCCUGGAACCCCUUCAACUUUCAAGUCUGGCAGACGCUCCGCGAGUGCGUCGCGAGCCACGGCUCAUUGAGGUGCCUGGAUGUGUCCGCCUGCGCGGUCGGCGCGGUAGAUCCCGACGAUAACGAAAUCAACAUUUUCCUCGAGGGCCUCGGCGACUUCCACCGUUUGAAAUACCUCGUCGCCCGGCAAAACAUGCUGAACUCGCAGAGCGCGCUGAUCAUGGAGGCCGCGCUGUACGGGACCAACACCAUGGUGAAUCUGUUCCUCGGGCAAAACCCCCUCGGCAUCCACGGCUGUCGCGCGAUGCUUCGGUACCUGGCCACGUCAACUUGCUGUGAUUACAUCGAAAUGUCCUCCAUGAUGGACGCAGGGGGGUACGAUGCCGUGAAACCGCGUGACAUCCGCGACCGCGAGGCCGCGGUGGCGAGGAUGCGCGAAGAGGAACCACCACAACAUCCCUUAGCACUCCCUAUUCGGCGGUUUGUGAAUCCCAGCACGUCGGUCGCGACGCACGGGGUGCACUACCGGCUGUACACCUUUUUGCAGUCCUCCGCCCAAAGGCAGUACCAGUUGAACUUAUCCCUGCCGGGCCAGCGCGCGAUUCUUUCCCUGUUGCUCCGGAUCCGGGAGCGCCUGCCAAAAAGCAGCUUCGAGGGUUUGUCCGAGGCCUGGCAGUCGGAAAAUUUGACGUUCGACGAGAAGCGCAAGAAAUGGAUCGUGAACGCGGAGUAUGCGAGUGUAGAGAAGGCGACGAUCCGCUUCAGUUUUCGACUGGGGCUGGAGUACGACAAGAUUAUGGCCGCGGCGAAGGACAAGAAGGUUGCGCAAGACGUUGGCGUCGUGGGUGCGGCGGAUCUUGCCGCCGCCGGGGGAACGAACGCCAAGGACAAGCAGCUCGUAAAGACCCGCGAUGAGGACCCGGCGGUCUCGAUCUUGAAUUCGUUUCAGGAAUCUGCGAGGGUACUGUUCACACGGGAGGCGGAGUUGAAGGUGGUUCGCUUGUUCAAAGAGGUGUUGGCUAACAUGCCGGAUUUGGGCGUCAUCAUCCAGGCACUGUCCAUGGAUUUUUUCUAUUCGUACCUCAUGGUUGCGGCGAUGAUCUCGUUCGCGCCGCACUUGCGACACAAGAUCCUCUACCACUGCUUCGGUUCCCUUUCCGGCGGAAGACGGAUGCAGAAAGUGUUAUUCUUGAUGCAGGCUCCCAGUCCCGGUGAUUUGUUGAAGAUCGCCUUCUACGCGAAGCGGGCGCUCGGGUUUUGCCCGGAGAACCCGAGCGGCCGGUACUCGCUCGAGCUGAGCGACUUGGCGGAUUACGUGGUAGCGCAGCAACUGCUGAUCCUGGACCAGUGGGAGCAGACGAUUCGACCACGGGUGGGG